CACCGCUCCACCAAAUCAUCUCCAAUGACACCCGAAAGAGUGAACAACAAGUUCUGUGGAAUAACUCCCAGGAUCACUACAACACUUUGAAUCUGAAACAUUGGAUUACUAUACGUUAUUCAAUCAGGCAGUGGUAUGCUGCUUUUGUGCUACACCUUAAGCAGUUUUAUGGCCAAAGAUUAUACACCAGCCAACCACUUUCAAGAGGAAAACUUCUCGCUGCCUGAAACCUGAAACAUAAUCAACUCUAUCCUGACAGGUGGAGACUGAACAUCGCUGCAGGUUUGUUAAAUUAAAACCGAGAGCUGCGGAGAAGCUUUUUGGAAUUCCUCUGUUCCCAGCGCAGUCAUGGUUGGAAUGAAGCCCACAGAUCUGGCCCCCACGGCCACAGUCAAGUUCUUCGGCGCUGGAACUGCAGCCUGCAUUGCAGAUUUGGUCACUUUCCCCCUAGACACGGCCAAAGUCCGGCUUCAGAUUCAGGGGGAGGCCCGGGCUGCAGAGGGGGGAAAAGGGAUGAAGUAUAAGGGAGUGUUCGGCACCAUCACCACCAUGGUGAAGAUGGAGGGCCCCAGGAGUCUGUACAACGGCCUGGUGGCCGGUCUGCAAAGACAGAUGAGCUUCGCCUCCGUCCGCAUCGGGCUCUACGACUCCAUGAAGCAGUUCUACACCCGUGGAUCAGAGAAUGCCGGUAUUGUCAGCCGGCUGAUGGCGGGCUGCACCACCGGAGCGAUGGCUGUGGCCUUCGCUCAGCCCACAGACGUAGUGAAGGUGCGAUUCCAGGCCCAGGUCCGUCUGACCGACGGGGUGAGGAGGUACAACGGCACUAUGGAUGCCUACAGGACCAUCGCGCGAGACGAGGGUGUCAGGGGCCUCUGGAAAGGUUGCAUGCCUAACAUAACGCGAAACGCCAUUGUGAACUGCGCAGAACUGGUCACCUAUGACAUCAUCAAAGAUCUCAUCUUAAAAUAUGAUCUCAUGACAGAUAACCUUCCCUGCCACUUCACGGCGGCUUUUGGCGCUGGCUUCUGCACCACCAUUGUGGCAUCGCCGGUGGACGUGGUGAAGACGCGGUUCAUGAACUCCUCCCCCGGGCAGUACAGCAGUGCAAUAAACUGCGCUCUCACCAUGCUGACCAAGGAGGGGCCCACCGCUUUCUACAAGGGGUUCAUGCCAUCUUUCCUGCGUCUGGGGUCUUGGAACAUCGUGAUGUUCGUCUCCUACGAGCAAAUCAAGAGGGCCGUGACGAGAGCCCAGCAGUCCUGGGAAUCCCCGAUCUGAGCCUGCCUCUGCUUGUUUGUUUGGGUGUUCUCUGACGCUAAUGUCAGGGCUCGUACAGAGAGAGCUCAUCUCGGUGUCUGUGUUGCUAAGCAGUCAGACGCACAGAUACGCCCGCCGGAGAACGCGGUAGACUAGCGGAGUGCCGACACCGCAGUCCGUCUCCAUGACGCUGACGGCCAAGCCGAGAGACCACGGGCAUAACUUGGGACAGAUUUGUGCCAACUGUCCUAUCAGAAUGGACACUUUAACCACACUAAAAGGGAGCACAGGUUCGCUUUUGGUGUAUAUGUCUUAUCGAGCGUUUUCGGUUUACAGGCGAAGGCAUCGUGUUUUGCCAUCAUGUUUUGCUGUCACUUUUGUAUUGCUGGUUAAUAUAAAAGUGGUGAAAUUACUUGAAUGUAUUACAAAGUUAAAUGUUUACAUCUGGAUGAAUGUUGAAUAAAUGUCUAAUUCAGUAA